AUAGGGAAGCAAGAAGAUAGAAGCACUGUCACUAGGAUCUCGUGGAGUCAUCAUAACGCCUGGUGAAGUUGCUAAUUUACGACACCUGAGGUUCUUGGAUGGGAAUGAGAUGUUCCUUGUUGGAGACUUCAAUAAUCUUCUCUCCAAUUUAAGAUGGCUUUCUUGGCGAUGGUGCCCUUUUGAGUUUGUGGCAACAAACUUUCAUUUGGUCAAUUUAAUCGUUCUUGACCUUUCACACAGCUAUGUAUCAGAGAAAUGGAUUGGCUGGAACCAAAUUAGAGUGGCAAGUAAACUAAAAGUACUAGAUCUCAGCAAUUGCAACAACUUAAUGAGAAUGCCCGAUUUAUCUAUGUUGGUGUCCUUGGAGAGAUUGAUUCUUGAAAGUUGUCACAAUUUAAUUGAGAUUGACCCUUCCAUUGGAAAAUUAAAGCUCCUCACUACUUUAAACUUGAAUGGAUGUCACGCUCUUGAAGGGUUGCCUUAUGAAAUAGGAUGUCUAGAUGCUUUGAAGGAGAUUCUCAUGCCUCGUUUGUCGUAUGCAUUCAAACUUCCAGAGACGAUUGGUAAUUUGAAGUCAUUGUUGACCCUUGAUGUAUCACAUAGCUGGAUCCGCAUGCUGCCAGACUCGAUUGGAGGGCUGGUGAAACUUAGGCAGUUGAAUUUAUUUAAGUGUUUAAAGAUAAAGGAACUUCCAGACUCGGUUGGGCAAUUACAAUCAUUAGUCGAGUUGGAUUUGUCAUCAACAAGUUUGGGACACCUACCUGAUUCAAUCGGCAAUCUAAAGCAAUUGACAGUACUUAGGAUGAAUGACAUAAUUGGGAUAACAAAAUUACCAAGAGCAAUUGGGCUGAUGGAGAAGCUUGAAGAGUUAGAAGCUAGUAGAUGUCACCACUUGACCGGCGAAAUCCCUGAAGAAAUUGGGAGGUUGUCUCGUUUAAGGAUCUUAGACUUGUCGUUCACAUGUAUAUCCGGAUUACCCACCACUAUGUGGUGCCUCUCUAAUCUCCAAUCACUUAAUCUGGAAUCAUGUUCUAAGCUUAAUGGGUUGCCGGAGCUUCCCCCAAGUUUGAGUUGUCUAAGGUGGGCCUUUGAUGCUCUCAAGUUCUGCGGAAAUAGGACAUAUAAGCUGGAAUGGGACUCUGCUUAUCACUCUAGCAUCUUAUUCCUAUAUGAGGUGGAAGAACUAGCAUUUGGCAAAACCCGGCAUUAUUUGCCUAAGCUCUCGUCUUCUAGUUUAAGAGAGUUCGAAGUUGGAAAUCUGUCGAGCUCUCCAUUUUGUGGGAGAAAGCAAAUAGAAUGCAUGUGA